AUGGCAGACUGCUUCAGACGUCCCGACCCGCUGGUGUUUGAUGGCAACAUUGCGGAGAACUGGCGCGUUUUUGAGCAAGAAUACGACAUUUUCGUCGCGGCAGCUCAUUCAGACAAGUCUGCACGGACAAGGGCCUACAUUCUCCUGAAUCUAGCAGGCCCUGAAGCAAUCGAGAGGGAGCGCUCUUUUGUCUAUGCAGCGGAGGAACUGCGAGAACACACAGCCAUUGAUCGGACUCUCCAGACCCUCAGCGGCGUCAUCAGACAUGGCUGGCCAACUGCUGACAUCUUUGAAUGGCACGGCCAGCAGUAUCUGGUGCUUGUGGAUUCCUUCUCGGGCUGGUUCGAGAUCGACCUGUUAAACAACAUCACGUCGGCUAAUGUGAUCUGCAAACUAAAAAGGCACUUCUCGGUCCAUGGAGCCCCUCACACUCUGAUCACAGAUAAUGGACGACAGUUCACAAUGCAGACGCAUUCCCAGGGCGCCUCCAAAGGCUACCGAAGGGAAGACCGGAACGUCCCAGAGGGAGAAGGCAGGGCAGAUCACAGUCCUUGA